AUGGAGUAUCAGAGCGAGCUUAAGCAAGGUGUUGAGUCAUCAUCUCAGACUGCCGACACGGCCUUCCCGGCGGAUGACAGCUCUGGGAUGUCAUUACUGGAAGAGCAGAAGGAGAAGCAUCUGGUCUGGAAAAUGGACAUGUACAUUCUGCCGUUUGUUGUCCUGCUUUACCUUUUCAGCUUUUUGGACAGGGUAAAUAUUGGCAAUGCCCGGCUGUAUGGCUUAGAAGAAGACCUUGGUCUAGUGGGAGACCAAUAUCAGGUGGCAGUGUCCAUAUUGUUUGUGACAUACUGUUUAUUCGAAGUUCCGUCAAAUCUUGUCAUCAAAAAACUCACCCCUUCUCGUUAUAUUGCCUCGAUCUCAGUAAUCUGGGGCAUCAUAGCAACUUUGACAGGUAUUACCAAAAACUAUGGUGAUCUCAUUGCUUGUCGUAUCCUCCUUGGUGUUGUGGAAGCGGGAUUAUUUCCUGGAUUGCUGACCUACCUCACAUUGUUCUACAGCAAGCGCGAACUUGCCCUGCGAACUGGUUAUCUUUUCAGCAGUGCUGCUAUCGCUGGGGCGUUCGGCGGUCUUUUAGCAUAUGGCAUUGGGUUUAUGGAUGGCAUUAGUGGUCUCCGAGGUUGGAGAUGGAUUAUGAUCAUCGAAGGAAUUCCAACUGUUCUCCUCGGCGUUGUGACUUGGUUUUUUCUCGCCGACGACCCUGACACCGCAUAUUAUCUUAACGAAGAAGAAAGAGCUCUUGUAGUUCGCCGUCGAAGCCGCUAUGUGGGCCAAACCGCCUCCGCUCAAAAGUUUCACUGGGCCGAUGUUAAGGAAGGGGCGCUUGACUGGAGAAUCUAUGCAUUUUGCAUUGGCCAGUUUGGUGUUGACACAAUGCUCUACGGCUAUAGCACUUUUCUUCCCACUAUCAUUAAGGGAAUGGGGUCUUGGUCCGUCCCUGAGGUCCAAGCUCUCACUAUUCCCUGCUAUGCACUGGGGUCUCUAAUGUACCUGGGAGUGGCGUGGCUCAGCGAUCGAACCCAGCGUCGUGCCUUGUUCACUUGCAUUUUCGCGGCCGUUUCCGUUGUGGGUUACGGUGUUUUGAUCUCGGAUUCGUCUUCGGGGGUGCAUUAUUUCGGUGCCCUACUUGUGGCCUCGGGAUUGUACGUGGCAGUUGGUCUGCCGCUUGCCUGGUUACCAACGACUCUUCCCCGUUAUGGCAAGCGCACAUUUGCUACAGGCCUACAGCUCACAUUUGGUAAUGUGAGUGGGGUGAUGUCGCCUUUUCUAUACAAAUCAACCGAGGCACCACGUUACGAACGAGGCAAUUCUGUAACAUUGGGCCUUGUGGGAUUUGCAGGAGUGGUCUAUGGCCUUAUAUGGUUUUACUACCGAGAAAAGAAUAGUCGCAGAGACAGGGGCCUCGAGGAUUACAAAGUUGAAGGCAUGACGGAGGAAGAAAUCCAGGAAAUGGGAGACAAAAGUCCUCGAUUCAGAUACAGCUUGUAA